CCGGGGCAGAGCUGCGGCUGCCGCGCCAGCAGCAGCACCAGGAGCCGCCAGCUUUCGUCUUUCUUCCGUCCGUCUCCCCUCGCUCCCGCCCUCCGUCCGCGGCCCGCCUCCCGCUCCGCCCGGCGCUGCGCGGCUCCGGCCCCGCCGCGGCCCCGCCGAGCCGGCACAGCCCCGCCGCCCUCCCAUGCGCGCCGCUGCCUCGCCCAGGGACCUCCGCGCUCGCCCGGGAGCUGCAGCCGUGUGAAAGAUGUCGGUCAGCAUGCAUGAAAACCGCAAGUCCAGGGCCAGCACUGGCUCCAUAAACAUAUACUUGUUCCACAAGUCAUCCUAUGCUGACAGUGUCCUCACCCACCUCAACCUCCUGCGCCAGCAGCGUCUCUUCACAGAUGUUCUCCUCCACGCUGGGAACAGAUCAUUCCCCUGCCACAGGGCAGUCCUGGCUGCCUGCAGCCGCUACUUCGAGGCGAUGUUCAGCGGAGGGCUGAAAGAGAGCCAGGACAGCGAGGUCAACUUCCACAACUCUAUUCACCCAGAAGUCCUGGAGCUUCUCCUGGACUAUGCAUAUUCCUCCAGGGUUAUCAUCAAUGAGGAGAACGCGGAGUCGCUGCUGGAGGCUGGUGACAUGCUGGAGUUUCAGGACAUUCGGGAUGCUUGUGCGGAAUUCCUGGAGAAGAACCUUCAUCCCACCAACUGUCUUGGCAUGCUGCUGCUGUCGGAUGCUCAUCAGUGCACCAAGCUGUACGAGCUCUCUUGGAGGAUGUGCCUUAGCAACUUCCAGAGUAUCAGUAAAAGCGAAGACUUCCUGCAGCUGCCAAAAGACAUGGUGGUGCAGCUCCUUUCCAGUGAAGAGCUGGAAACUGAGGAUGAAAGGCUGGUAUAUGAAUCAGCUAUCAACUGGGUCAGCUAUGACCUGGGUAAGCGUCACUGUUACCUGCCAGAGCUGCUGCAGACAGUGAGACUGGCCCUCCUGCCAGCCAUAUACCUGAUGGAGAAUGUGGCCAUGGAAGAGCUUAUCACCAAGCAAAGGAAAAGCAAGGAGAUCGUGGAAGAAUCAAUAAGAUGCAAGUUGAAGAUCUUACAGAAUGAUGGAGUGGUCACCAGCUUGUGUGCCAGGCCCAGAAAAACCGGCCAUUCGCUCUUUCUUUUGGGUGGCCAAACCUUUAUGUGUGACAAACUGUAUUUGGUGGAUCAGAAGGCAAAGGAGAUUAUUCCAAAGGCUGACAUUCCAAGCCCACGGAAGGAGUUCAGUGCUUGUGCCAUAGGCUGCAAGGUGUAUAUCACUGGGGGACGAGGGUCAGAAAAUGGAGUCUCCAAGGACGUGUGGGUGUAUGACACCCUUCAUGAGGAGUGGUCCAAGGCUGCUCCCAUGCUGGUAGCCAGGUUUGGCCACGGCUCUGCCGAACUCAAGCACUGCCUGUACGUAGUAGGAGGGCACACUGCAGCAACUGGUUGCCUUCCAGCUUCCCCUUCAGUGUCCUUAAAGCAAGUGGAGCAGUACGACCCCGUGACCAACAAAUGGACCAUGGUGGCCCCGCUGCGAGAGGGGGUGAGCAACGCGGCUGUGGUCAGUGCAAAGCUGAAGCUGUUUGCCUUUGGUGGCACCAGUGUUAGCCACGACAAGCUGCCCAAGGUGCAGUGCUAUGACCAGUGUGAGAACAGAUGGACAGUACCAGCCACCUGCCCCCAGCCCUGGCGCUACACGGCUGCAGCUGUGCUGGGAAACCAGAUUUUCAUCAUGGGUGGAGACACCGAGUUCUCCGCGUGCUCCGCUUACAAAUUCAACAGUGAGGCGUACCAGUGGACUAAGGUGGGAGAUGUGACAGCAAAGAGAAUGAGCUGCCACGCCGUGGCAUCUGGGAACAAGUUGUAUGUGGUUGGAGGCUACUUUGGCAUUCAGAGGUGCAAAACGUUGGACUGCUACGAUCCCACGUUAGAUGUGUGGAACAGCAUAACAACUGUGCCCUAUUCGUUGAUUCCCACGGCGUUUGUCAGCACAUGGAAGCACCUCCCCUCCUAAUUGUGUAGAUGUUGGCAAUUACAGGUUAUCAGUUUACUCCUUUAUUUGGAGAAGAGAAUUGGAACCUCGGAUGUGGAGAAGUUUUAAUGAAGAAAAAUAAUGCAGCAUCUCUUGCAUUUGAAGAAAAUCAUCUGCACCUUGUAAAUUAUCCAACCUAGACAUGAAAGAACGGGAGAAGAAACCCCUGUCUUCAGUGCUUCAACACGUGGUUUAAAUAUGAAUGGACAAACCUGUGAUCUGGUCCUUGUGCUACUAAUUGUGGAUUAAUGCCGAUGUUAAAGUCCUUCAAAGAUGAGAACAGCAGAGACAGAACUUCUCUUAGCUGUGCACCACACAGCACUUGAUUUCCACUGUUUUUAUGCGAAAUUUGAAGUGGCUGUCGCCUCUCUUUGUGGUGGUUUGAAGUGCCAGUGCCAGCUGCAGGGGAAGCAGGCCAGGUCUGGAACAGCAAGAUGCUGCUGUGAGUGAAGAUGCAGCGGCAUUGCUGCUGAGCUCUGCUGGCUGGAGUGUGCUUACCUGUGGGCAGUGCCUGCAGCAUCUGUCACACCUUGUGUUGCAUUGUCCUGUGUGCAGUAAAGUGACCUUCUGCUUCAUAAGGACCAGUCCAGCAGUGAAAUGUUUUUGCAACAGUGGGGAACACAUUGCAUCCCGAAAAUACUCAUUGUUCCUGUUCCUCCCUGUAUUUAUAAUUCAGUCUGUCCCUUUCCUAUUAUGUUACUUGUUGUAGAUAUAGUUAUUUAUUGUUCAGUGCUUGCAUGCUGAAACAAUGCCUGCAAUUGUCUUCAUGUUGCAAGGGCUUGUGUGAAUUGUAUGUUUUGCACAUAUUGUGAUUGCUGACUCGCUCUGCUGCACAAAGGAAGAAAACUGUUGGGUAACAGUUGGAGGUGGGAGGGAGGAGUGGCUUCCCAGUCAGAAAUGGAAGGAUUACAGGACAGGAUUUGAAAUAACACAUGUGCUAAAGGAAGAAGCCAUGGAGGUCGCUUUCUCAGGCCACCAGCUCCUUGGGUUGCAUGCGGUGUGUCUUGUAGAUGGUGUCCUUGCAACAUUUCAUUUGUUGGUCAUGCCUUUCAAUUUCUAAGCUGGAAAUAGCCAAAGCCUCUUGCAACACACGCUUUGUGCCGCUUCCUGAUUGCAACGCAAAUUCUGUGGAAGAGCUUCUGGAUACCAAGCCCAGAUGAAGUAAUUGUCCAAACUUAUUUAUUUAUUUAUUGGGUUGGAGGAGGGUUACCUGCAGCAUAGCCACAUUGUCCUGAAGGAGUGGAGAACGGUGAUUCAAGAAUAAAAACAAAAAAAAAAACACCUCAACAUAGGUUAAUGAUGAAGUCUUAAGAAGAAAAAAAAAAAAGAAGAAAGAGCAGAAAUUUUGCACUGACUGGAUUGCCUCAUCCAUCUGGAUUUCACGUCAUCUGAGUGGCCAGAUGUCAAAGACCCAAGUGCUCUAGAAAAAUUCUUAUGGGGAUAUAAAAUGAAUUUCAAACCUCUUAUCAAAAAAAAAAAAAAAAAAAAAAGAAAGCCCUCAAACUCUGCUGCUUUUUGGUUUUGUUAUCUUGGUGUGUCUUUAAUCACUUGAUUGCUCAGAAGCCUCAGAUAAUCCUGAGAAACCGAACUUUGAUUUUUAAAUAAAAUUGUUUCUUAUUAUUCUGGUUUUUGGACAGAGAUGAAGCUACUCUUUUUCUUAGGAAUUUCAGAAGCUUGUGUUUCACAGGUACUUUCUUUGCCAGAUCCUGUCAUGAAGCUUGUAUUGUAUUGUGUUUUUUCUUAAAUGUUUCUGGAGCCCAAUUUAACUGGCACAUUCAGUAACAUGGUUGGUGUGUGCUGUGGUAUAAGUAAGCAGCUGCAUGUGUGCAUGCAAAACACAGAUACUCACAUUGGUGAUGCUUGCCUUUCUCUGUGUGACAUUGAUGUGGCUGUAAUUGUGAAAGCUUUGUCAUCUGAAAGUGUUUACAUUGGUCACUGGAAGUUUCUCUGCGCUGCCUUACAUUUGAUUUGCUGUUUGGAAUAGACUCUUUACAUUUCAGAAAUAAAGUAUUUGGAGUUCUGUGGAUACUGGGAGAACACUGAUUAAUCAGCAGUCAUUUGCAGUUUUUAAAAGGGUGAGUUCCAGCUAGAUGUGAUAAAAUUGUAGUUCCACUGUUGAUUCCUUGAAGUGGUAGAUUAAAAAGUAUUUAAACCCACAGCCUCUCUACCCUUGUGUCCCCUUAGAUGACCUUUAACAAUAGGAACACAGAUUAGGAUAGUCUCCUUCCUAUAUCCCUGUACCUGUACAGGUUGCCAUGUUGAGGCAAACAGCCUUGAAUUUUUGUUGCCUUUCAUCUUGUGGAUUGCUCAGGAGUGUGAAGGGAGCCAUAAAAUCAGACUUCCUGUGUUUUGCAUGUCCUCUCCCCAGGCACCAGCAAUUACAUAAGGUACAAGGAAGUAAAGAACUGGAUCCCCAGGGGCCCCCGUGUUUGAAUAAGGACAUGUAGCUUUGAGAUCUGUGUUCUCUGUCAGGCUGAUCAGAGUCCAGGGUGAAGCUGCCUUGCAUCUGACUGUUUAGCUUAUGAAAUCUGUUUUGUAGCACUAUGCAGCUUCCAAAAGUGGGAUGAAUUUUCUGCAGCUGUUUCUAAACUUAUGGUCUGCUUUCAAGUCCUCAAUUAAUUCCUGUGUGUCGGCUGAAGGAAACUGCAGUCAGGGUGGGCCUCUGGCUCUGCAGGGAAUACACUGGGCUCUUGCUUUAUGAAUUGUUAUGGGAAUCCUGGCAAACUGCUUGACCAUUUCAGUCCUGUGAAACACCCCGGACUUAGAAAGCAAAUGCAGUUCACAGCAGAGUGCACACAAAAACCCCCGCACAAGAUGGGAAGGUUCCUCUUAUUUUGCAGGCUGGUUACUGUAGAAACAGGUAACAAGUGACAGCCUUCCUCUUCUGGUGUGAUUGUGCAGCCCCUUUUCGGUGUGCCUGACACCUGUCUGAAUAAGAGUGAUUAGGACAGAAUAAUGCUCCCAUUCCUGGCCAUUGAAGAUACGGUUCAUGUGCUAAAACAAAACUGCAAGUAGUAGAAGUAAAAUUGUCUAUGUUGUUUGCUACUAUGUCUUAAGAUUUUGUAAAACUCACUUUUUUUCACAAUGUGAAACUGAAGGUCAAUAAAUUAUUAGAUAUUUCCUCUCCA